AUGGAGAAGCAGUUGAUUGCUGAGUCGGGAUUUUCCAAGAGCGACAACAUGUUUGUUCGUUUUGUCGAAUUAUUCAUGGUGCCCCGUCUGCGUCGUGCCGUCCAAGCCUCGGGUAUUGUGAUGAUCGUCCACUGGCCGGUGCACGAAGCUUAUUGCAUCAUUCGGGUUCGGCGUCAUCGAUUUCGUGUUCGCCUGGCUGGGUUCUGUUUCUGGAUUCCCACAAGCAGUAACGCGCACAUUGUUUUGAUCACAUUCUUCGUCUACCUCUUCGACCCAUUCUAUUCUCCUGGCGAAGGACCAGUUCCGUUCACCUACUCUGCCGAGGUGUUUCCGUUGUCCCACCGUGAAGUUGGAAUGGCCUGGGCGGUUGCAACUAACAAGUUCGGGGUCCCGGCCCGAACUCAUGCUAAAUACCAACUCACUAAGGUCACCCAAGAUUAUGCUGCAGCCGCCGGAACCGCUGGUGUUCCGGAGAAGCAUGCGAUGGCCGACGAGAAUAAGCGUUACGCCGAACACGUUUGA